CCUGCCUCUCUCUCCCUCUCACUGGCACCUUUGCUCCACUUCUCGCCGAGGAGGCGCACACUCAGUUUCUCGCUAUCCUCCCUCGCAGCUCACAAAAAGGGGCCGGGUCACACGCAGAAGGGGGAAGAGGAAAGGCAAAACAUUUUUUGACAGGAUGAACAACACUUUCCUAAACAUGGCGUCGAUAGGCGACUUCGACCCGCUCAACGCGUCUAUUCCUGCCACCAAAGUUGAAAUCACAGUGUCUUGCAGAAACCUGCUGGACAGGGACACCUUCUCCAAAUCAGACCCAAUUUGUGUUCUCUACACACAAGGCAUGGGCAACAAGGAGUGGCGAGAGUUUGGGAGAACAGAGGUGAUAGACAACACGCUAAACCCAGACUUUGUGCGGAAAUUCAUUUUGGACUACUUCUUUGAAGAGCGACAGAACCUCCGAUUUGACUUGUAUGAUGUUGACUCGAAGAGCGCCAACCUGUCAAAACAUGAUUUUCUGGGCCAGGCCUACUGUACUCUCGGAGAGGUGGUUGGAUCAUUGGGCAGUCGCUCGGAAAAAGCUCUUGGAGGCAUCCAAGGCAAGAAUUGCGGGACCAUUAUUGUGAAAGCUGAGGAGCUAAACAACUGCAGGGAAUCAGUAAUGAUGCAGUUCUGUGGGAACAAGUUGGACAAAAAGGAUUUCUUCGGCAAGUCCGAUCCCUUCCUGGUCUUCUACAGGAGCAAUGAGGAUGGCACGUUUACCAUCUGCCACAAGACAGAGGUGGUGAAGAAUACAUUGAACCCAGUAUGGCAGGCCUUUAAGAUCUCUGUUCGAGCUCUUUGCAACGGUGAUUACGACAGAACAAUCAAGGUUGAGGUGUACGACUGGGACAGAGAUGGCAGUCAUGACUUUAUCGGAGAAUUCAGCACCAGCUACAGAGAACUAUCCAGAGGGCAGAGCCAGUUCAAUGUCUAUGAGGUGAUAAAUCCAAAGAAGAAAGGGAGGAAGAAAAAAUACCUCAACUCUGGAACGGUAACGCUGCUGUCAUUCCUGGUGGACAUUGACGUCACCUUCCUGGACUACAUCAAAGGAGGGACCCAGAUUAACUUCACCGUGGCCAUUGAUUUCACAGCUUCCAAUGGUAACCCAGCCCAGCCCACCUCUCUCCACUACAUGAGUCCCUACCAGCUGAAUGCUUACGCUAUGGCCCUGAAGGCAGUAGGAGAAAUCAUCCAGGACUAUGACAGCGAUAAGAUGUUUCCCGCGCUGGGGUUCGGAGCCAAGCUGCCACCCGACGGACGGAUCUCCCACGAGUUUGCCUUGAAUGGAAACCCUCAGAACCCCUACUGUACAGGUAUCGACGGUGUGAUGGAAGCCUACUACCAGAGUCUGAAGUCGGUUCAGCUCUAUGGACCCACCAACUUUUCCCCUGUCAUCAACCAUGUGGCCAGGUAUGCAGCUUCGGUGAAGGAUGGCUCCCAGUACUUUGUGCUCCUCAUCAUCACAGAUGGCGUCAUCUCAGACAUGGCCCAGACAAAAGAGUCUAUUGUCAACGCCGCCUGUCUGCCAAUGUCAAUCAUCAUCGUGGGGGUGGGUCCCGCAGAAUUUGAUGCAAUGGUUGAGUUGGAUGGCGAUGAAAUCAGAAUCUCAUCCAGAGGAAGAUAUGCUGAGAGGGACAUUGUCCAGUUUGUCCCAUUCAGGGACUACAUCGACCGGACGGGGAACCACAUUCUGAGCAUGGCGCGGCUCGCCAAAGACGUCUUGGCCGAGAUCCCUGACCAGUUCCUCUCCUACAUGAGGACCCGCGGGAUCAAGCCGUCGCCAGCGCCGCCUCCCUACACGCCGCCUCCCUACACACCGCCAGGGCAACCCAUCCAAACCCAGAUAUGAGGAGCCGGAGGGAGAAAGGAGUCAGGGGUUAAGCUGAACUUCACGCGCAAAAUACUUCCACAUCCCUGAAGCUGCUCUCCAUGCCUUGUCGUCGUGGAUCACGGUGGUCUUUCUCGUGUGUUCAGAAGGCUGCAUGUCGAGCCAGGAGAGUGUCGCUUUUGAGGACAGGAAAAGCCAAUGAGAGUCUGUUUACUUCCACUGUCAAGCAUUCCUGUUACUGUCUGGAAUUUAUUUAUUUUUCGCUUGGGGAAACCUGGAAAGGCCUCGGAGAGAGUACGGAAAGUCUGAAUUCCUAGCAGGGAGGAAAUGAAGGAAUGAAAGAGGAAAUGGACAGCUUUGGAAACAUUGAUAAGAGAAUGUGUUCAGACAAAACAAAGGAAUCACUUGAUUUUAAAUGAACUUUUUCUGUAAAUAACCGGACAUAUUUAACUUCUUCUUUCUCUUUCUCUCUCCAAUCACUCAUUGUUUACAGUAAACGCUAACAAAGAUUUUUACUGUUGAUACUUUUAUAUACACAUAGUUUCAUCAAUAUGAAGCGACCUCUCUCUCUCUCUCUCUCUCUCUCUCUCUCUCUCUCUCUCUUUUUAUCCCUC